UGUUAGCUCACAUAGUUCUCCCGGCUUUGUAAAAAUACUUUAUUUUCGAUAAAUUUUAUUAAUUCGCUCGUACAAGUCGUACAAAAAAGUAAUGAACAAUUUACAUCAGUGAAACAUUUUACUGCGUUUGGUGGCUAAAGUACCGAGAACAAAUAAAACAAUUUGGAGGUUAAGUAUGUGAGAACAACAACAACAAAUUCCUUCAAAACACUAAUAAGAAGACAUCACGAUGUCUACUCCUAACAUAGAAGAAACCAUCUUUAAAUACGAGACCUUUAUUAACGACGUACUAAGAGAAGACCUACGUCGAGUGCAAAUAAAAUUAGAAAAAACCAACGCUGAAAUUUCAGACUUGAUCCAAGAGAAACAUACAAUAAGAGUGGUCACAGACAAAAAGAUGCAUCCUAACGGCUUUAAGACACAAGUAAAUAUAGGUUGCAACUUUUUUAUGGAGGCAGCAGUCCGUGAUACUUCUAAAUUGCUUAUGAAUAUAGGUUUAAAUAAUUAUUUGGAGUUUACUCUCGAAGAAGCCAAUAAGUACUUGGAUGUAAGAAUAAAAGCGUUUGAGGAGCUGGCUACGGCAUUACAGAAUAAGGCUGCUAAGAUUAAGGCACAUAUCAAAAUGAUGCUUAUUGGAAUUGGACAGUUACAGGACGAACAGAAUGUGGAAGAUCCAAAAAAACGACGGAAUGCGAAUGAUGAAUCAUUACAUGGUAUGAAAGACCGAUAGAUUCGUAAUUAAUUGAAUCUUUGAAUUCAUAAAUAAUUAAUAGUUGAUAAAGCGAAAGAGGUAUGUAAAAAUCAUAGCAAUUGGUGUUCCAUAUUCUCUGCCUACCUCCAUGGGAGGUAGACGUGAAUUUAAGUUAUGUAUUCAUAAUUAAUAUGUUGAACAUUGUGGCAGUCAUAGUGUCUGUUUGUAGCAAAAGACUUACCUUCAAGUUUUCUGUCGGCAGUCAAAGACUUACAUACGUAAUCUAAUUUUUAAGCUGUUGUUGUAUAAACUUAUUGUAUUUUGGCUAUAUUCUAAGCUUUGUAAAAAAAGUUAAGUUGGUUGUGUUAAGAAAGGCUUACAUCAACUUGACUCCAGUUAACAACUGAUCAUAAAUGUUAACUGGUCAUAAACAUUCAUCCAGUUCCUUCUAUACUGAAAUCCUCUAUAGGGUCUCCAUGUUUUCCCAGAUCUAGGGUUGAAAUCUGCACCAAAAACUUGGGUUCUUUUACCAGUUCAGUUUCCAGUGGAAACUGUACUCACUUGAGCAUAAACUCCUGUUAACAGUCCAGAUUGAUUUGCGCAACUCAUUUCCGAGUAUAUAUUAUAUGGAAUUAAAUUGAUCGGGACCGCUGACCCUUUGCAGAAUUACAUUCUGUAAUUUCCGUACAUUAAAUUGCUUUCUAAAUUUAAAAGAAUUAAACUAUUAUCAUAUCAGCCACGAGACAUCAUGCAUCACUAUGCAAAACAUGGCCUAUGUUUAUGUUAUCGAAUGAUACAUUCUAGAUAUUACACAGUCCAUACCAAAAUGGAGUGUAGGCCCAGAAGGAGAUGGCGGGAUUAACUUGACGUCUCUGAAAAGGAUUGGCCAUAGAAAUCUAUAAGAAGAGAUGAGCGGAAGUAGGGUAGGGAGGCCUUUGCCAUGAAUUGGGAUGUCCAUGGUUAGAAAUGAAAAUGAUAACAAAUAUCAAAAGUUUAGUUUGAAUUAAACAGAUCCUUUGUUGUUGAUAUUCCUUGUAUGUACAUACAUUACAUUGUAUUUAUGUAUGUUACGUUGUACAGUGGCAUUAAGUGCCGUAAUGUGCACCUCUGCCUACCCCUUCGGGGAUAAACGGUGUGAUGUUAUGUUAUGGUUGAAAUUCCUUGCUUCUCUCAGAAAAUGUAAUUAUAUUAAAAGCAUUUUUGUACUACCUAUUUAUGUGAUAAUAGUUAUUUUUAACAUGAUUGUUAGCUUUAACAUAUUAUAUGAUUUUGAAGUAAAAUAUAUGUUAAACACAAAAUGUAUAUUUAAGUAACUACCUAUAGGUACUGGAUUUCGUUUUUAUGCAUUAUAUUAUUAUUAAAUAUUUAAAGUAAUUUGAAAGUUUAAACUCAAAUCGCUGAUCAGGGUGCUUACUCUUGAAACCAAUCUCAAUGUCAAUUUAAUCGCAUUCCAAGAAAAUAUCAAUUAUUCAUUGUGAACACAAGAUAAAUAACAUUAAUUCAGGGCAUAGAAUAUAAAGCCAUUUAGUUCAUUCAAGACCCACGCAUUACGUAUGCAAUGGGCGCUAGUGUUGCAACUCAAGAAUACGUAAUUUCACAAUAUCAUUGUUGAUUGAUUGGAAUUUGAUUCAAGAGUAAGCUCCCAGGAGUCCCAGAACUGUUCACCCCAAAACUGAAGUAUGGUAAACAUAAUCAUUUGUACCUUUAACAAUUACAAUUAUAUUUUUGUUGCUUUAUAAAAUGUAUUCUAAAAUUAAUCUAUUUUUAAACUGUAACUGAGUUGGUCAUAUUGAUUGAUCAAUUUGUACCAUGUGCCACUUUGAUAAGGUAUAUUAUAGAUUACGUAACUAAUUGUUAAUUUAAUGUUAUAGCCUAAGUGUACCUACUCUGUAAAAAUAUAAUCAUUGUUUAUGUACUAUAUCACAUUUUGUAUAAUAGAAAACUUUGU